AUGAAGCAACUCAAAGCGACCGAUGUACUGGCAUCAAAAAAAGUAAUGCUGAUAGCAAGGUCCUUGAUGAAACUACUGGAAACAUUUGGGGAUGGGCACAAGGGACGCUUCUUGGACUACGUCAACAGCAGACUUGGCAUCUCCAAAUCAUCCUACUACUACUACAUGGAGUAUUAUGCCUUUAUGUCAAAGUAUCCGAAAUUCCAAACGCUGGCAGUGUCCUUUAGAGUGUUUAGGACACAAUUCCACCGCGGUGGAAAACCUUCGCAACAAGUAGUUCCUCGUCAGUCGAUGACUCCUUCAGACUGCAGUGAUAAUGAUAAUGCUAUCAAUGGUGAACUGACAUUGUUACUUUCUUUCACGGAGAGCAAAGUACUGAAAAUGUCCACCGCAGUGGAAAAAAGUCCUAGCUGUACACUUCUUGAUAUCUUCGUGAUAGACAGCACAGAUGCAUUCAAACCUAUUUCCACCACAUUAAUGUAUCUUUUGUAUUGA